UUUAAAUGUUUGUGAAGUCGCGUUUCUCGUGUGACUUUUAAAUGCAUCUGAGGAUAUUCACACUUUCGUCGUAUGGUUUAUGAUAUUAGUAUACCUGACACCCGUCAAAUAAACAUGGGAUCUAGUGAGAGUAAGAUGACUACGUCCUCUUCAUCAAUGAAACAAAACCAGAUGAUGAAAACCAGUCCUGUGGAUCGGCUGAUGGAUCCACGCUCUCCUUCAGCGGGCAUCGACCGUACACCCAUUCAGGUUGGGCUUGUGUCCAAAACAUCUGGUUUAAAAAAUGAGAGUCUGGCGUCCAGUGAUCCUCGCUCACCUACUGUCGGGAUUACACGCACCCCUGUCAGAGAAAUUGUGAGAGCGACGGUGGACUCCUUUGCUCGCCGGCUCGGUGUGCGCUUCCACAGUGAGGCUGAGGACAAAGCGCCUGCUCACACACAAGACAAUGUUGGGGAGGAGGAGGUUGUCUUCAGGGUUGAGGAGAUGCCAUCCACUGAGCCCCUUCUGGUUCAGCCACCAUCCCGUGCUUUGAGUUCCCUUGCGGAGCAUGCCAACCUUCUGGCCACCCCUGUGUCAACGCCUCUCCGGGCAGUAGGCAACUCGAGCCCCUUUGUGCUUCUUGAAGAUCCACUGGCUCAGGGAGAAAUGGAUGUUUCAGUGGAGGCUGCUGAAGAGGCAACAGAGUCACCACUCCACAAAAGACUGAGCAUGAGUUUAAUAACUUGCCAUGAGGGAACACCUUCAUCCCAGGUCUUUGCUGAGGUGCACCUUGCUCCAGCCCCAUUGCCUGAUGAAGUGGAACCACUUGAUGACUGUGUGGAUCAGUCAUGUGCCCCAGUUUCUCUCCACUCUGACAGCCUGUCCACUACAGCCCCUAUUCAGUCUCCUCUCUCACCUACAGCUGACUGUGCAACUGGAACCUCUCCUGCACAGGCAGAGGAUGCAGUGAAAAUGUCACCAUUUGGAGAUGAAGAUCCAGCAGUUGGUGUGGAAUCUUUGCAUUCAUCAGUCCCCAACCUAGAACAGCUGCAGCCAAGUACUGGAGUCCGCUGCCUCACCAUUGACUCAAAGAGCCCCAGUCAGUUGGUGUUCCAGCCACAGUGGCUGGCAAAAGGCUUUGGUUCAAGUGGGUUAAGGGCAAGAGGUAUGCAAGCUCACAGUGGGAAAGGAGGCUCCUCUCCUCUUGCUGUCCAUGUUGCUGUUAAAAAUGCUUCCAACGAGAACAAGGGACAGCCUGCAAAAUUAAAGCAGAAAGGUGCACCACUAUCUGAAGUCCGUUCUCCACUGCAGAUCCUUAAAGAGACCAACUCUCCCAGGGAGCAACGUCCACAGAUGAAGCUGAAGUCUUCAACCCCAGACAGGCAGAAGCUUGGACGGAUGGAUCACAGAGUAUUGACAGUGGCUCUGGAUAAGGAGAAUAUCUGAUCCAUUACAGUGAUAUGUACAGAAACAGCUUUUAUUUCUUAAAGGCCAACUUUUAUGUACAGCUAAAUAAACUGCCCUCAAGUUUUUAUUUUAUAAAUAUGUAACUGUCAUCUGGUUUUUAGUGUUUGUCUUGCUUUUUUUCCUCUUACUGAAGUGGGACUGAGGCUUCUUUUUUCUUUAAGCCCACCCCCUGCAGUCUGUAAUUAAACUGACUUCAACAAUAAACAUGCUGAUUGUAAUUGAAA